GUUCUUGUGGAAAGAAUACAGUUGAUGUGCUGGCCAAAAUCGGCUUGUACGUUCUUGGUUCCCAACAAAGGAUAUCCAUGGAGUGACCAAUGCGAUUUCUUGUCGUAUUGCGUUUGUUUCUAAUUGAUGUUUUUUGUCAAUAUUUCUSACGCUUCUUUUUCUUGCGCUGGACUUUCUGCAUCAAAAGGUCAACGCUCYCGGCAUGUUGAAAGAUAAUUCGACCAAACCAGGCCUKAGGACUUGCAUGGGAACCAUUACACGCGAUAGAAGUAGYGGCAGAAAACCAAAACCUCGAUUCGAUGGUCCAAUGUCUCCAUCAUACUCGAAACGCAGUACUGCAUUGCUCAAGAGGGCGACCGAAAAUGGCCAAGGAAAAACGAGUGUCAAAAGUACGAAACGAAACGAACGAACGAUGCUUACAUUAAAAAAUUACGAAACUCCCAAUCCACGAAGGGCGAGCUGUGUGCCCGAAAAACCGAUUCGAAGAGUUUCCUUUGCGGAUCAAAAGACCGUAACAAUAUUCMAGCGGAUACCGAGAAAAUUUGCGAGAGAUGUCUGGUUCACCGCAGUCGAMAUGGGGAGGUUUCGAAUGAAUGUUUUGAAUUCYRACGAUCUCAGGUUUAAAGUGAAACUGAAGUCUGCUCGGUGCCACAAUCACAUGAGACGCGUUCUACUGGAGCAUCGGACCAGCAAAGGGGAUAUAGCGAACCAAGCAUUAACAACAUCAAUUUAUUACGAGAAUAACGUCAGAAGGAUUUSCASURUUUCCAUGAAAUCAAGCGAGAAACCGAGAGAAGCAGCUAUCGAAACGGCAAACAAGCUUGAGCAGGAGAUUGUUGAGCAAUCAUUAAUAAAUCRAAGGGUGUCGAGCGCAUGUUUUGGAUUCAGCCAUCGAUGGGUAUUUGAUUAUUAUCUAGGUCWGAUGGUGGACAAUAUGUGCACAGUUAUGUAGCCUAUAGCAUAGCUGGGCGAGUCCAAUAGGUUUCCCUCGGGGUGACAUCACAACACACUAGAAUAGGACUUUUUGAAAGCACAACGAGCAAUUCUAUUUCAUUGUGGAUGAAAGCGGAAACACGACUAUCAAGAAAAGGAGGAAGAAAAGAGCACGAAGAUAAACAUGGUUCGGUAUUCAAUGAUGCGUGUACGGUACAGAAUAGCAAUUACUUCUAUUGAGGUUGACUCAUUCGAAAUUGGAGGCUAUCAUGCAAUAACGCCUAUACAACAGUUUCACCCGACCUUUUCUUUGAUUGCUACUUGCAAUUUAGAUGAGACAGGAUUUGCUCCCAGUGUCGGUAGUUGUUGUAGUAAUUGUUGGAGGGAAAGCCGUUUUGAAUCGUUUUGAGGCAUGCGCUGCACCAGUUUGCACGUGCGUGCAUGCCUGAAGGUGAAAAACAAGUGAGGGACCCAAUUUUGCGAGGUUUUUCAACGACUCAUCCGAGUACACCACUAUGCGCGCGUCAGAAAUUGCAAAAUUGCAUCACUUUCUUCUAAAAAAAGUACGAAAAAGCAAUAAAAUUACUUUAAUAAA